UUCUACUUUUGUUAUGUAUGUACAUGUAUCUACUAUUCUUGAAAAGUUGGUCAUAGAAAAUCUCUGCAAUAGCCGUAGAUUACUAGAAAUUCUAUCCAGUGCAAUAGCUAUGAGACCGGAAUAGCAUUUUCCUAACCCUCCCAUACAUGCCUCGUGAGUACUCCCUUAUACAAUCCAGGUUGUUUUUCUCACUUUUUCAACCUGUAGUAAUGUGAGUUUAACGGUAUCUGCUUCAUUCAUGUCAUCAAGAUAUAUAGUAAAUCAUGAGAGCCUGUUGUUUUGGACUCGCCAUUAAUCGGUGAGCUGAAAGUUCCGAUCGCUUGGUAGGCGAUUGCGUAUGCACUUCGCUCGCAACGCCGCACUUAGACUUCACACACCCGAUUCCAUCAAUUCUUUCAUCAUCGACUGACCAUUCUUCCAGUGAGAUUGUUUUCGAAUCGUCUUUUUGAUCAAGAUUAUACGAAAAUUCUAGUUUGAUAGAUCGCUUGUCUCGCCCUCACAACCGCACUCCCUAAGAACCAGCUAUGUCUUCGGAAGGACCCCUCGUCCGCUCCGCCAACAGCCCUAAAGAAGCAUGUGAACUAUGGUGGCCACUGAUGAAAGAUUUAGGCUGAACCGAAGCUCCAAUGACGCACCCAGCCAUUUCAAAGCCCUCCGUAACGGCAAAGACUGGCAUCUCAUCAUCCCAAAACUAAGCACCAAACCCGAGGGGUGCGUCUGUGGCUUCACCUACCCCAACAAAACCGGAUGGAUUGGAUUUUUCAUCAUGGCCGCAGCUUAUCGAGGUCAGGGCCUCGGGCGUGAACUGUGGAAUAGAAUGGAUGCUUCUUUUCAUGAGAGUCAGACAGAGAUGAUUGGGCUUGAUGGUGUUGAGGAGCAGGUUAAGACGUAUGAGAGGAGGGGUUUCGUCGAUGUAGCGAGGAUUCCAGUGAUGUCGCGAGUCUCGUUAAAAACGAGACCGUUACCUGCUGUUGAGCUUGAUCCUGAUGUGAAAGACCGUCUUGUAGAUAUGAAGUCUGUGGAUGAAGAUUUGCUAGCGAGGUUGGAUCUGGAACAUACUGGCUUGGACCGCUCCGCGUAUUGGUUGAACAACGGCAUUCACCACCACCGACAGAACACUUUCGGACUCGCGCUCGCGGAGUCUUCGACCGAAGAGCUACGAGGAUUCCUCCUAGUGCGGGACUGCGAGCAUGGACAACGCUUCGGACCGCUUUAUGCCGAGACACUUCAGGGCGCAAAGGCGUUGCUGUAUACCGCCAUGGAUCGCUCCAGCGAUUCGGAUGGGAGUAUGAUUGCAGAGGUCUUUGGUGGUAAUCCAGAAGCGAGAAGAUUGUUUGAGGAGUUGGGGUGGGAAUCCGCAGGUGUCGAUUAUCAUCGGAUGUGGCUGAACGGUAAAGUUCCGGAGGAGCAGCAGGAAAACUGGAAGGGGGCAUCGGGGAUGUAUGCCAUAUUUGAUGCUUGUGCGGGCUGA